GCUGUCCUAUCACAACAACCUCCCCUGUUGCCCUGUAAAGUUUCGAGUUGAGCACACCCAAACUCAAAAUAAUACAGGUACUGAUACUUCCGGGUCCUUAAAGAAAGCAGGAGGCUGAAGGCUUCCUUUCUUGUUGUCAUGGCAACAAGAAGAUCUGCUGGCCGUCUGUUAGCAUAAACCAAGAGCAAGUGCAAGACCACACAUUCCACAAAGCCUUGAAGAUUAACUAAGCUUUAGGGCCAGAAUGGAGCCUCAAUGGUCAGACUGAACUUCCAAGGGAAGAAAGGGAGCACCAUAGUUUUAACCCCUAAAUGUGGUUGGCAUUGGUUUGAUUCAUCGAAUGAAAGACAACCCAACAAAUGAGUGUCACUGUCUUAUGUGUGAAAAAGAUGGCUCUGCCCUUUGGUCAACACCUCCUUCUAAUUAGCUUCUUUGGCUUCUUUGCAUACUGCAGCUUUGUAAGAGGUCAAAAGAACAAUACACUGAUUUUCACCAAGGAAAACACCAUUCGAAACUGCAGCUGCUCUGCUGAUAUACGGGAUUGUGAUUACAGUUUGGCUAAUCUGAUGUGCACUUGUAAAACUGUUUUGCCCUAUACAAUAGAGCAAGCCAGCUAUGACAGUGAUCUGACUAUCUGGUUCACAGACACCACUGCACUGGGCUUCCUACUGAACUUUACAUUGGUUAGGGACCUGAAGCUUUCCCUAUGUAGCACUACUACCCUCCCAACAGAAUACCUGGUUAUCUGGGGACUGAAGAGACUUCGAAUCAACACAGAGGUCAAGGAUCAGUUCCCAGAGCAAAGCUUACUGAUACACAGCAGUGGUGGCAGCGAUUUUAAGGAAGAUAAGCCUAAAUGGCCCACAGACAGGCAAACAUUUUUAUAUGUUUCAUUCCUGGAUACAGCUCUUUUCAAUGGAGAAUCUUCUUUGAAAUCAUACAGCAUUGAAAAUGUUGCCAGUAUCACAAACAACUUCCCUUACCUCUCUUACUUCAAAAUGUUUUCCAACCCAAGCAACAAAAGAUAUAUUGUUACAUUCAUUUACUGAUAUUAUAUUGUGAUCAGUUUCAAUGGCUAUAUUAACAAAAUAUGGUUAGUCUGUGCAAUGUAUAUCAUUAAGGGAUGUCUGACCUUAUAAAUGCCCACUUAAAACUAACCCCUUCUUUCCCUGCUGAGCCACCCACAUUCCCUCCAACCAUCAGGUUUCUAGGGAAUCAUGAGACCAUAGACCUACAGCUGAAAAUUACUUCACAGGCCAUCUAGUCCAAACUCUUCAUUUUAUAGACGAGGAAAAUGAAAUCUAGAGAGGUUAAAUAACUUGUCCAAAGUCAUAUUGGCAGUGUCAGAAGGGGAGUUUGGACCCAGGCCUCAUUUGAUGCUCAAAACAACCCUGGGAAGUAGGCAUUACUUAUUUUCAUUUUAUUGCUGAGAAAACAGAGGCAGAUGGA